UCUAACCGUAGGCGAAAAUCGAUGGUUCGUACUUCGUAGAGGAAUAAAACAUCAGUUUGUGUUUCGCUUCGGUUGACCUAUUUUCAGGAUUCUUAGAGCUAUUUUACUGUUACAACUAUUAUCACCUUAAUAUCAACUAUUAUUUCUUUUGCUGGGAUUCCCAAAAACUUCAAAUACAAUGGAAUCUGCUAUUAUGAAUUUGGAACAAAGCGUUCAGAAGGCUGAUGGGAAACUCGACAUGAUAUCAUGGCAAAUUGAUGCUUUUGAGAAAGAAUUUCAAGAUACAGAAUCAGAGCCUGUGUCAGUUCUUCGUUUACUGCGGUCAGUAACACAAGUAAAAGAAGAAUAUGAAGUUCUGCGCCAAGAUAUCCAUGAAGUUCAGCAACUGCAGAAGCAACUUACAGAUUCUCUCAAAGCUCAAUUGUUACAAGUCCAUGGACACUUUAACAUCUUACGUAACAAAAUUGUUGGCAGGACAAAUAACAGGACAACGCCACGUUUAAAGUAAAGGAAAUUUUAAAUAUUUGCAAUUAUCUUAUUAUUUAUCAUAAUAAGUUUUAUUUUUAUAAUUUUUAAUAGUUGAUUUCAUUUACAAUAGUUAUUCUUAAAUAAAUAAUGUAUUGUAUAUAUAUCUUGGCCCACAAAAUAAUUGUAAGAAAGCAACAAUUUUUAUUUUAUGUUAUCGAAUUGGCAUUUAAUAUUUCUUUCAAAAUGCUUUUUUAAUCAGUGCUCUAAAUCAUAAAAAAUACAAUACAUAAGAAAUCUAAAGACAAAUAAAAUAAUAAAUGUGCAUGUUAAUUUGGUGCACGGGGCCAAAUGCAAAAAUGGAUAGAAUUUUAUUAAUUUAAAUCAAAAUAAUUUCAAUUAAUAGCUUCUAAGUUAUUCUCUUAGCUUCUUAAGCAUCAUAUUUUGUUAUGCUUCCAAGCAGCAAUGGUUUACUUGCUUGUAAAAUGUUGCUUUAAUUAACAACUCCAUAUAAGACGGAGUCUUAACUAUGACAGAAAAAGAUGAUUUGCAUGAUUUGAUAGAAAAAUUAAAAUGAAAUUAUGUAUUAUGAAUUUGUACCCAUCAACAAUGUACUUGAAUAUCAUAAGUUGAAAGUUUUAUUUAAAAAUUUUGAGAAAAAAAAAGUAAAUUUUUAAUUUUGGAUUACUUAAAUCAGUAUCAAUGAUUCAAUAAUUUUUCUUUUAAUUAUCUAACUAAUAAUAUGGAAACUAAAUAUUUCUGCAACCUUGAAUAGACUAAUCUGGUGACUUUUGGAAAUGUAAAAUGAAAAAUUCUUACUUAAUUGAUACUUGACAUUUUUUGCAAAUAAAAAUUAGCUUCAAUUAACAUCAUCUAAAAAUAAUACUUAUUGAUACAUGUUUAUGAUUAAAUAAUACAACCGUAAGUCAAGACUCAUAGAAUUUUUAAAAUGAGAAUUGCAUGCAAGAAUUAAGUAUAUAGAUAAAUUUUAAGGAAGUUCAAAAUUAUAAAUUUAGUAAAGGUAUAGAAAAUCUAGUUAUAUAUUACUGAUGUUAGAAAAUUUACAGUAUUUUUAUCUGAUAUAUUUAACAUAAACAAAUUUUUAUGCAAAUUUAGAAUAUAUAGUUUUAAAGUUGUUCGUUAAAAAUUUUUUAAAUUUACAAAAGGUUUGGUCAAUGAUUAAUCAAUUAACCAAUAAAAAGUCAAUUUUUAGAUAUAACUAAAGUUAUUUUCUUAGUCAUUUACAAAAGAAGUAUCGAGAAAACUAUCUUAUUUAAAAAAAUUAUUUAUAUCUUUGGAAAUUCCAAAUCAACUGAUUUGAAUUUAAUGUUGCAACAUUACAUAUUCAAAUUAUUCUGAUCUCAAGACACUUAUACAAAGAUUAUACAAUUAAGUACUACGUUGAUGAAUCAAAUUAUCAUAUUUAGGAUAAAUUGUCUUUGCAUGUAUUCAAUAAGAGAAAAAUGGUCUGGAACACAUUUAUAUGUGCCAAAAUUUUUUAGCUAUUGAUACCUAUAAUACAUCAUAACACUUGUACUAUUUAUAACAUUGAAAAAUAUUAAUUGUACACUGUUUUUAUACAUGUCGUAUAUGUAAACGUGUUUGUGGCAUUUUAGUAAACAGUUUUUGCACAUAAACAAACACAUGAAUGAUGUUUAACGCACAAUAUUAAAUAAGUACUGUCAAUAAUAACAAAUUAUUUGAUGUGUGUCAAAAUCAACUGGUUUUUAUUGUUAUUAUCUCAUGAAGGCCUUUAUAAAAGACAUUUGUGAAUACUAUUAAGCUAAUUUGAAAAUUUCAAUAUUAAAGCUUCCAAAAAUUAUAUUCAACAUUUGGUAUGCUUAUUAAUAAAACUCAGUAUUAAUAAAAUUCAUUAUCAAUGAAAUUCAUUGCUGACUUUUAAUUUUUAUUUUUAUUUCAAUAUAUUUCAAAACUUUAAAGUUCUUUUAAACCACCAAUCUUUUAAAAUUUUAAUGUAGGUGAAACGCACAGUUUUUAAUAAAUAUAUAUCAUUUGCCAUUUUUCUUGGUGGGUUAAUUUGUGCUAUAUGUGCGGUAGUAAAACCAGUUUCAAAUAAUAAUAUAAAGAAUUAAAACUAAAAAAUCAUAAAAUCUGAUGUUUUAAGUGAGUACAAUUUAUGUCUAUAGCCUAUAUCAAAGCUUCACAAAACAAGCAAAAAGCAAUUAUUUAUAGAAAACUGAAAUAGUGAACAACAAAAUAUAUACUUUUUUUAAGUUCAUUUUACUAUACAUUGUAUUAAACCUAUACUUGCAAAAUAUUAUAAAGUUUUUCUUAAAUUUCGUGAAUAUAUCCGCAAAUUGAAAUAUCUACGAUCAGACUUAUUAUGUGAACACACAAUAAUUGCCAGGCAUCGGAAUUUUGCGGAUAAGGAAAACGUUUUGAUUUAUUAAUAUGUCGUAAAAUAUUUAUAUGUCGAGUUGAAUUGGCGUAAUGUAAAAAAUGAAUAUAACAAUGUUAUAAUAAGCGUUGAUCAACCAUAAACCGCUGUGUUUAUAGGGAAUCGCCGUGCAAACUGAAUAAUAUUUUAUUUGAAACUAUAGAAAAAACAAUUUCAUAAUUUCGAUAAUAAUAGGCAGAACUUUAGUUCUAUUCUACUAUUUCUUUCUAAAAAGUUCAACAAGGAUUUUUCAGCAUUUGUUUUAUUGAGAACAAAAUAUUAUGCUAGUAAUCUAGCUUUUCUUUAUUCGGUAUAUAUCUUUAUGCAAGUAUGGGUAAAAAAGUAAUUAUGAGUAUUAAACUAUUUUCUGUUUGAGAAUUAUGGCUGUUCAUUUAUUGUACAUUUCAUUUUGUAAUAGUUUAGUUAAUAAAGCUUAGUUGCUAUCAUUUCUAAAAUAUAUAUUCGCAUAUUUAUUACAAAUAUAGGUAACCGAUAUGUACAUCUAUGAAAUAUGUAUCUUGUACUACAUCAGAAUACAAUAAAUGUUACAUCUAC